AAGUAGAGGAAACGUCUAUUUGCAUUCAUCUUUUAUCUUCCUUGAUAGUUACAAAUAAAUAAAGUAUUAAAUAAAGAAGAAGGUGUUCAAAGGAGUUAAGUAAAAAAGAAUAAAUAUGGAUAUGGAUAUAUUUAAACUUACAUUCAAGGCUAUUCUGCUAUUUGGACCGAUAACAAUAGUUUUCUCUAGUACUGUGCAGCAAAUUGAUAUCAAAGACAACAAGAUACCCGUAAAAGGAGGAGAUAUACAGAUAGUAUGUGAGGUGUCGCAGUUUAACGACAUUGUUAGGGUCUAUAAGACAGAUUCCACACCUCCUUCAGACCGUAUUACUUCUUCAUUUAUAACAACUUGUCAUUCAUCAAAGUGUUAUGGAAGUAUACCAAGACAUACAUUCAGAACUAGUAGCAGUGGUGUCACUAUUACAGUCACCAAUCUCAAUAGAUCGGAAGACCAGAAAUAUUGGACAUGCGCCUUUUAUAACCAGAGGAAAUACAUGCAUCUUACUGUAUACAGUAUGUAAUAUAUAUACA